GGGACUCAUAUAAACAAAGAUGGCGACUUUGACUGUUGCUCAGAUCAACAAGUACGAACUGAGACGUUUCCAUGCUUUAGUUAGAUAUCUGUUCAUUAUAUGAGAUCCUUGGAAAAUGACAUUAUGUCAUCGUCUAGUGAAUUGUCAAAACAACAAUUGCAGCGUAUUGAAGAAAAUAAAAGAAAGGCACUUGCCAAGAGAGCAGAACGACUGAAACAAGUAGGAUGUAACAAAUACGCCAGUUUACCGCAGACAAAACAGUUACCGGUAUAUCCCCAAAAGCAGGCACUGAGUUCAGCUGCAGCUACAUCAGUGCCAACUUCGCAAUUUAAAUCACAACCAGUGGCAGUUACUUCAGUGCCACAUCCACAGUUUAAAUCACAACCAGCUGCAGUUACUUCAGUGCCACAUCCACAGUUCAAAUCACAACCAGCUGCAGUUGCGUCAGUGCCACAUCCACAGUUCAAAUCACAACCAGUGACAGUUUCGUCAGCACCACCUUCACAGUUCAAAUCACAACCAUUGGCUUGUACACAACAAAACAGUCAGUUCAGAUCAACAAAUAGCCAAUUUUUACAGAAGACAUCAUCACUUGUAAAAAACACAGCACAUCAAUCACGAGGCAACCAAUCACAGUUUGUCAAAUGCAGCAUCCCUGCCAUGACCGCAACACAUCGCCAACAUGUUCAAGAUAAUGUACAGUUCAGUAGCAAGAGUUUGGAAAGUUCCAAAACAUUAUCAGUUGAAAGUGCCAAAACAGCAAUCAAAUUUACAGGUGGUAUAAAAAGUUUUUAUUCAUCAUCAAAUAAACCUAAUGGAAACGUCAAGAAAUCAACAUCCCAUCAGUCAUGGCAAAGUAAAAACCAUGGCAACACAGAUAACAGAAAAGGUUCAGUUUUGAAUUCUUUGGACAUGUACCUUGGUAACAAGACCGUCACCGGUUGUUGUGAACUAAUGACUAGGGAUAGGUUUGUUGUAGAUGUAGCAUAUGAUAAACAGUUGAUAGAGGUCUUCAAGAUGAUGGAAAGCAAAGAAUAUGAUGCUUCAACAAAAAAGUGGAACUUUGCAUUAAAAGAUUACAGGAAUCUCAUGGAUGCAAUUAAGCCAUUGUCUGUUGACAUUGAACCACUGCCUAAUGCUGUACUGAGGACGUUCCACGCACAGUUGAAUGGACGAGAUGUCACUCGGCAGAUCCCUGAACAUAAUUUGAAUAAUGUUGACAGUAAACUAGUCAACACACUGAUGCCAUUUCAGAAAGAGGGAGUCAACUUUGUGAUAUCUCGUAAUGGCCGUGCAUUGCUAGCUGAUGAUAUGGGUCUGGGGAAAACCAUGCAGUCUAUAUGUAUUGCAUGUUACUACAGGACAGAGUGGCCGGUGUUAAUAGUUGUACCAUCAUCAGUGAAGUUAACGUGGGCUGAGGCAUUCAAGAAAUGGGUUCCUUCACUGGACCCUGAACAAAUUAACGUAGUAAAUACCAAGAAAGACAUAGCUACAUCAGGAUUGGUGAAUAUUAUAAGUUACGAUAUGAUGUCAAGAAAAGCAGAAGAAUUGAAAACUAAACGCUUCCAGGUAGUGAUCAUGGAUGAAUCACACUCUCUGAAAAAUUUUAAAACAGCCAGGACAAAAGCUGCCAUGCCACUGUUAAAGACUGCACCACGUGUGGUUUUACUAUCUGGUACCCCGGCACUAUCCAGACCAUCUGAACUGUACACACAGAUUACCGCCAUUGAUCCCAAAUUAUUUCCAUUAUUUCAAGACUUUGGCGUCAGAUACUGUGAUGGGCACCAGAAUAACUGGGGCUGGGAUUUUUCUGGCUCCUCCCAUAUGACAGAAUUGCAGGUAUUGUUGCAAGAGAAAAUAAUGAUUCGGAGGUUGAAAAAAAAUGUGUUAUUACAGUUGCCUUCCAAAACAAGACAAAUGAUUGUAAUGGAUCCUGGUGUUGUAAAAACUCAAAGUUCGUCGCUAAAAGCAGCAGCAAACAAGAUGUCAAAAGCUUUGAGUAAAAAGGAACAGAGAGGUGCCUUGUUACAGUAUUUUAGUGAGACAGGAGCAGCAAAAAUCCCAGCUAUAAGGAGAUACAUGUUUGACUUGUUAGAUGGAGAUCAUAAAUUCCUGAUGUUUGCUCAUCAUCAGAGUUUGUUAGAUGCUCUCUGUACUGCAUUAACUGAAAAGAAAUAUAACUUCAUACGUAUUGAUGGUAGUACAACAUCAGAUCAGCGUAAAGUGUUGUGUGACCAAUUUCAAGAUGAUGUCGACUGUAAAGUUGCUAUCCUAUCCAUCACCGCAGCUAGCACCGGUAUUACAUUACAUUCUGCUUGCCUUGUCGUCUUCGCUGAAUUAUUCUGGAAUCCUGGUGUCCUUGUUCAAGCUGAAGACAGAGUCUAUCGAAUUGGACAGAAAAAUUCUGUGAAUAUACAAUAUCUUGUUGCCAGGGAAACGGCAGAUGAUUUUAUAUGGCCAUUGGUUCAGGAAAAGCUGGAUGUUUUGAGUAAAGCUGGUCUUACUAAAGAUGAUUUCUCACAGGCUGAUACCAAGCGAUUCAAGAAUGUGGAGAAUGCCAAGACUGGUGCUCCGAAAGUGAAAUUUGUGAAAAAGAAAAAGAAAGUUGCCAAGAUAGCUGCACAUCUAGCAACAAUAACUGAACCUCUGCUUGGCUUGGAGUUUAUUACUGAGCAUCAGAAAGAAGAUGAAUCUGUUGAGGAGCGCUACGUUUGUGAAAUGUGUUCUGCCAAAUGUGAUCCAAGAACACUCGUACCUCAUCUUCUUGGUAUUAAACAUAGAAUAGGUUUCAUGAAACAACAUGACAAGACUUUACUGGAGGAGAUUCUAAAACCAGAAGCUAACUUGAAGAAAAGCGAACAGAAUGUGAAAAUACUGGAAAUUGCUAAGAAGAUUGAAUCUGAAAUUGGCCGAAAAGAAGUACAAGUAAAAGUUGAGCUAAAUCCUUUCUACAAUCCGACUGUCACACAGCAGCCAGCAAAACGACAGUUGGAUAAUCAACAACAAACUGGAUAUAAUAAAGCCCAGAGAGUUGGUGGUGGGAGAGGUGGAAGAGGUGGUUACUCUGGUGGAAGAGGGGGACGAGGUGCAUACGGAGGUACUGGUGGGACAGGUGGUGGUUACAACAAUUACGGUCAGGGUGGUAAUCGUGGACGUGGACAGAAACAAGACUAUAAUGGUGGUCAGUCUUCAUAUUUAGGUGGUAGCUACAACACUAACUAUUCAACUAACACUUUUAGAGAAGAUUACAAUAACUUGAAUAAAGGUAAUGAAGACAGGUGGUCUGCCGGCAACGUGAACAGAGGAUCUUCUUUUGAUUCAUUUUAUGAUGAUAAAACUCGAGGAUCAGGUUUUAAUGACACUGAUCGGUUUGGAUAUGGUGGAUCAGGCUCCGUUGGCUUUGGUGGUUCGGGCUCGGUUGGCUUUGGUGGAGCAUCACGUUACAGUGCCAGUGGCACAGGAUUUAGUGCCGGUUUUUCGGGUGGAGAUUCAAGAGAAGCACCAAGCAUGUCCAACUUAUUAAAAGAUCUGUCUAAAUGUGUGGUUCGUAACGAGGAAGAUGCUGCCAUAGCAUUGCAGGUGUCUAAUGCUUUGACCCAGGCACUAUUGAACUACAGAACCCAAGGCAUGACCAAUGAGUAUGGUGGUUCCUCUGAUGGUAGUGGUUUGGGAAUGAUGGGUCAUCAAUCAUCGUCAUUGUUAUAGGAAGGAGCAUCGGAUGUUUUUAAAACAGAAUGUUUUACUUUGUCUUUUUUUUUUUUUCUUACUGUUGAAUGUUCGUUUUGUCAGUAUCAACACUUGUAUGUGUAGUGGUUUUUGUUUCUGUGCUGUCUGUCUUCAAGCAACUGAAUUAUUCUUGUAUAAUAAAAUCUGCCAUUAGGUAUA